AUCUCCAACAGAUUUGGCCGCCGUGGACAGGGAUGGGGCGUAGUGGGUUCACAGACGACGGAGGAGCUUCCAUGAUGGAAUGGCUCAUCGAUUCGGUGGAGAGUAGCAUCGAUUCUGUGGAGAAGCGCAACCAGGGUUAUUUUGACCCAGAUUACUUGUUGGAGCAUGAGCAUGAUGACGACGAGCAGAAUCUGGGCGAGAGCAGUGAUGUGAUGAACAAGAUUUUGGCUAGUUAUGAAGCACAGGUGAAAGAAGAGAAGAUGAAGAACCAAAAAUUACUAGAUGACAUGUUAAAGCUUGAGAUCGAGCUUGCUUUCCAGGACCAAGUGAUAGAAGAGUUGGAAAGCAAGAUUGCUGAAAAUCAGAAGCAGAAUGAAGAGCUGAAAAGAGAACUGGAAGAAAGGAAGAUUUUGAAUGUAGAAGUUGGACAAGUUAGGGAUUUUGCAAUGGCAUCUUGGAGUGUGGGCAUCACCUUAGCUUUUGUUUUAGCUUGUUUUGUGGCUUGGUCUUAGUUAUGUCAAUUGUUUAAUAGUGCUUUGGUUUGUUGUACUCAGUGGCAUCAUGGGGUGUGGGCAUUGCUUUUAGCUGUCGUUUUAGCUACUUCUGUGAGUGGGCCUAACUUCUGUCAGUUGUUGUAUAAUUGCUUUGGUUUGUUGUGCUUGGAAGCUGUCGGCAUGUGUGAGACAUUUUAAAUAAUGAGACUAGGAGUAUUGUAACAA